AUGUGUGAACUUUCUGGUUAUCACAUAAUGAUAGUCUCGAAGUAUUUCAAGACCACCAACGACUUCAUUAACUUGGAGUUGGUAUGCAAAAAGUUUAGUGGCAAUAUGGAAAAGUUCCACUUCAACCCAAUUCCGUUAAAUUCCAAAACAUUCAAAUAUUUUCCAAACAUUGAGACACUUCACUUGUGGAAUGUAAAAGAUGAGAAUUUUGGCAAUGGAUUUUCUAUCAACACAAAAGAAAAUGAAAAUAAUGCCGUUUUGAAGAGAAAGUUCUUUUGUGUUAUUGUGUGGUUCAAUGUUGAUUUUGAAACUGUUGACAGAAACAAAAGUCGAAACAUUAAGUUCCAAAAUGUGACUUACACUCAAAAUGAUAGAGAGAAAUUUGGUAAUAAUAUUCCAUCAAGUGUGACAUCAAUUGGUAAUUGUUGUUUCAGUGGAUGUAGUAGUUUAAGCAGCAUUGUGAUACCAUAUAGUGUAAAAUCUAUCAGUGAUUUUUGUUUUAAUCAAUGCAGCAAUUUAAGCAGUAUUAACAUAUUAUCAAGUGUCACAUCAAUUGGUAACGGUUGUUUUAUUGAAUGCAGCAGAUUAAGUUGUGUUACAAUACCCUCUAGUGUCAUAUUUAUUGGUAAUAGUUGUUUCUUUAGAUGCAGUAGUUUAAGCAUUGUUGACAUACCAUCGAGUGUCACAUUAAUUGGUAAUUGUUGUUUCAGUGGAUGCAGCAGUUUAAGCAGUAUUAACAUACCAUCUAGUGUGACAUCAAUUGGUGGGAGUUGUUUCUUUGAAUGCAGCAAUUUACGUGAUGUCAACAUACAAUCAAGUGUAAAAUCUAUUGGUGAUUGUUGUUUCUUUAGAUGCAGCAGUUUAAUUAGUAUUACAAUACCAUCUAGUGUCACAUCUAUUGGUAAUUAUUGUUUCUCAUCAAACACAGUAGUUCAUCAAAGCAAAUGA